UACACCUAGAAACGAAAAAAAAGGUAAUUUUCGGGAAUUUUUUUCAGGGGAACUAUUGGAAUUGUCGGGUCGGGGUUUUUUGUAGUUAAAAAUACACACUUUCAAGAAUGUUUUAAAUUUUUUUUAUUAAAAAAUGUUGCAAAUUCACGGAGUACUGGAGUCGUCUACGAAGUGCCGUAAAAAAAGACGGUACCUAGCGGCGCUUCGUCAAAAAUCAUCUAAAACAAAAAAUCAAACAGGAAAUGAAAAUAGAUACUAUAUUAUCUUUGGCGUGUCGUAGCCGAUUUUAAAAAUAUUGAUUUUUUACAAAAUGGCGGGCGCUUGAACUCAACGUAGCGAUUUCGAAAAUGUGUAUUUUUAACUACAAAAAACCCCGACCCGACAAUUCCAAUAGUUCCACUGAAAAAAAUUCCUGAAAAUUACCUUUUUUUUUCGUUUCUAGGUGUAUAUUCCCCCUUUAACGUUUGGAUAAACAUGACAUGUGCAUGUGCAAUAUCAUGACAACAUGUUGACAUGUUGUUAUUGGCGACGGACUUUCAAAUGGCGAGUGCCACCGCCUGCGCUUCCCGCGCGACCGGCGUGGUAGGGAAACGUCUUCAAACGUCAACGGCGCGGUGACCGCGGGGAGUUGACAUAACCUCGAAAACGCGCCCGUCGCUGGCCCUGGCCGUCGCGCCGACGCCUCUCGCGUAUGCCAGUGUGAGGGGAGGAGCCACACCGCUCUCCCUCUCUCAGGUCGCCGACGACGAAGCAUGACCGUCUGGGAGAGGCUGCGUAACCCAUGCGGCUGGCGCGCGGGCGCCAAGCAGAUCUCCGUCGAUGCGAUGCUGCCGUUGCUGGUGGUGCCGAUCCUGGCGGUGAUCGCCGCCCAGGCCUUCCUCUGCACGGUUCUCGUGUUUCUGGUCACGCCGGUCCUCGUCUACUACCUGCACCACAACUUCCUUAGGUUUCUACUGCGCACCAAGUUCUUCCUCAUGUGGACGAUCGCGAGCGUGCUGAUGAUGAUGCUGGUGUUCGAAAUGUGCGUCGUGCCGCUGCUAGAGAUCCUCCCCGAGGAGAAUCUCGUGUUCAUGAUGUGCGUGAUCGGGGGCAUGUGGUGCGGCUACAAGACCAAGCUCAAGGCGGACGCGACCGUGCAGGAAGGAGGCGCCGUCGGCCCCACGCAGAGCCUCGAGCUCGGCGAGGGCAGCGGCGAGCUAUGCGCCACGUGCAGGAGAAGGGCGCCGCCCAAGGCCCACCACUGCCGCUUGUGCCAGACUUGUAUUCUCAACCGGGAAUAUCACUGCAAAUGGCUGGAUUGCUGCAUAGGUUCCAGCAAUUUAAGGUCCUACUUAGGCUGUUUAUUCUUUUCCGCGAUCGCUUUUAUAUACGGUUCCAACUUGACUAUGACCAGCGUCUGCCAUCCGUUUAUACUUAUCGGGACUGUACUCCUACCGGACGACUGCAGUGACGUGUAUCACCAGUUGGACAUCGCGCUUUGCUUCGUCUCCGCUCUGUACAGCCUCCUCGUGGGUCUAAUGCUCUUUUGUUAUCUCAUUUACCACCUAUGGCUGCUCUACAAUGGCACGACAUCGAACGAGCGACGAUUGGAUACCAAAAAUCAGUACGAUUAUGGAAUGUUGAAGAAUGUAUCCCGAUUGUUCUGCUGCAAAACUUAGGGAUGAUAUUUGUAAACUACUAGGUCACUGAAUUUACUUCACACGGUGUAUGUAUUACGCUGUGUACGAAGGAUGCAAUGAAAUCAAAUUCGACAAACUAGAAAACGGUAAGGCCAAAAUAUUUGUCAUAGCGCUAAGCCGUAAUAAUAAGUUUCGCUCGAAAUGAUGAAUCUGAGAAUGCCAAUUACUAUCGGCUUAAUUGCACCCUGUCUUCAUCUACUCAAUGUAUCCUGAUAUCUACGAUUUAUAACUCAUGAAAAGUAUAAUAGAUAUGUUACUUCCAUGGAUAAUGUUACACUUAUGAAAUCAUGUUCGACAUAUCACGAGGCAUCAAAAUUUAUUACAUUUAUCAUCCUUAAUGUAUCAUUGCACAUAACAUUUGUAUAUUUAUUGUAACUGUGAUAAAAAGGCCAUUGUACGAGAGUAAUAUAGUAAAGUAUAAUAAUAUAAUAAAUUACGUUCAGUACACACGAACAUACACGUACACAUUCUAAGGUAAAUUGAAGUAAAAAGAAAUUUAAAUACGUAUGUACAGUAAUGACUUGCGUUUUAAGGUCUAUCCAGACAAACUUGCAUAGCGCAUAAGCAUAAACAUAAGAAAAUUGAUUGGUCCAUAUACAUAUGCAUAAGGAAAUAGACCAAUCCAUCUCUUUACUGCAUAUGCUUUACCUAUGCAAGUUUUGUCUGGAUCAACCUUUAUUCUGCGUAAAAGAAUGAUGUUACUCUAUCUUGCGUGUAUUUAGGAAUAAGGCUACUCUUUACCUCAAUCAAAUACGAGGCCAACGAUUGUCGCAACAGUAUUAAAUCUAAGUUAUUUCUAAAUUCG